UUAUACAUUAAUUCCUCCCAAAAAAAAAAAAACAUUAAUGAAUAAUUGUGAGCUUUGUGUACCAGACCAAGAAGAACACGACUUCUUCACGGGCCGUUGCGUGCUCGUAAACGGGCCCGUGAUAGUUGGAGCGGGCCCGUCGGGCCUAGCGGUGGGGGCCGGGCUGAAGCAGCAAGGCGUACCGUUCGUGAUAAUCGAACGAGCCAACUGCAUUGCGUCGCUAUGGCAGAACCGAACCUACGACCGGCUGAACCUCCACCUCCCGAAGCAGUUCUGCGAGCUCCCGUACGUCCGCUUUCCCCGGAAAUUCCCAAACUACCCCUCCAAGCACCAGUUCGUCGGCUACCUGGAGUCGUACGCGGCGCACUUCGGCAUUGCGCCGAGGUUCGGGGAGACGGUGGGCUCCGCAAGGUACGACGGCGCGUGCGGGCUGUGGCGUGUGAGGACACGCGCCGCCGCCGGGGUGGUGGUGGGGGGUUCUUGUGAGAGUGAGACUGAGACGGAGUACAUCUGCAGGUGGGUGGUGGUGGCGAGUGGGGAGAAUGCGGAGAAGGUGGUGCCGGAGUUUGAUGGGCUGCGGGAGGAGUUCGCCGGCGGUGUGGUGCACGCUUGUGAUUAUAAGUCCGGCGAGGGUUUCGGUGGGAAGCGUGUUUUGGUUGUUGGGUGUGGGAAUUCCCGCAUGGAGGUUUCUCUUGAUCUCUGCCACCACCGUGCUCUUCCGUCAAUGGUUGUCCGAAGCUCCGUACAUGUAUUGCCGAGAGAAAUAUUUGGAAAAUCGACGUUCGAGCUAGGCGUUUCGAUGAUGAAAUGGAUGCCGAUUUGGGUGGUGGAUAAAGUACUUUUGGGAGCGUCGAGGUUGAUUCUCGGAAAUAUCGAAAAGUACGGUCUGAGAAGGCCGAAAAUGGGGCCAUUACAGCUGAAGAACACAAAUGGGAAAACUCCGGUUUUGGAUAUAGGCACGCUUUCGAAGAUCAAAUCGGGCGAAAUAAAAGUCGUUCCGCACGGGAUCAAAAAGUUCUUGCAUGGAGGUGUUGAGUUUGUUAAUGGCGAAAUUCUUGAAAUUGAUUCUGUCAUUUUAGCUACCGGUUAUUGCAGCAAUGUCCCUUCAUGGUUGAAGGAAAGUGAAUUCUUCACAAGUGAUGGUUUUCCAAGAAAUCCAUUUCCAAAUGGAUGGAAAGGCAAAGAUGGGCUAUACGCAGUCGGUUUCACGAGAAGAGGCAUAUCGGGUGCAUCUCUUGAUGCGAUUCGGGUUUCGCAAGAUAUCGGCAAAAUAUGGAAUCGGGAAACGAAGCAGAAAAAUCGUUCCGUAGGCGUCGUUUGCCAUAAAAGAUGCAAUUAACCCUAAUUUGUUUCGAAAUUCUCAGGGAUCAGAAAGUUGGACGAGUAUUGUUGUGUUUAGCAAGAGUUUUUCUCUAAUUGUUAAUUAUUAUUUUUUUCUUUGUAUGGUUUGUAGUUUUUACUUGCACAUUGACAUAUGGAAUGAGUUUUUGUUAGAAAGAAAAAGAAAAAAAAAAAUCAAUUGAAAUUAGCCCUCUUCAUAUUAUUCAAUUUUAUGUAUUGUGGGGGGCAUUGGAGACGAGGCUUUAAUUUUCUCAUGUGUUUAUUUAUUUUUUUAAUUAUUUUUAAUUUCUUUUUUGUGUACAAGAGUUUUAUGAGUACAAAGUGUUUGAUGAAAUGUCUCUCUCUCUACUUUCAUAUUCUUUCAAUUUUGGUCCACAUUUUAUUAAGUUAUUACAAGAGUUGAUGAUGGGAUCUAUCUCCAGAAAAUUGGUCCAAAUGGGGAUCCAUUGAAUAUGGUGGGCACUGUCUCCAUAAUUCCA